GGCUGUCGUGCGGUGUGGCGCGCGCAGCCAGGCAGCAGGAGCGGCGGCGGCGGCGGCGGCCACGCUGUAAGGAGCCAUGAAACACUACGAGGUGGAGAUUCUGGAUGCCAAGACAAGGGAGAGGCUCUGCUUCCUGGACAAGGUGGAGCCUCAGGCCACCAUUGUGGAGAUCAAGAACCUCUUCGCCAAGACGCAUCCGCAGUGGUACCCCGCCCGCCAGUCCCUCCGCCUGGACCCCAAGGGCAAGUCACUGAAGGAUGAGGACGUUCUGCAGAAGCUCCCCGUGGGCACCACGGCCACCCUCUACUUCCGGGACCUGGGGGCGCAGAUCAGCUGGGUGACGGUCUUCCUGACCGAGUACGCGGGCCCGCUCUUCAUCUACCUGCUCUUCUACUUCCGCGUGCCCUUCCUCUACGGCCGCAGACACGACUUCACGUCCAGCCGGCACGCGGUGGUGCACCUCGCCUGCAUCUGCCACUCAUUCCACUACGUCAAGCGCCUGCUGGAGACGCUCUUCGUGCAUCGCUUCUCACAUGGCACCAUGCCCUUGCGCAACAUCUUCAAGAACUGCGCCUACUACUGGGGCUUUGCAGCCUGGAUGGCCUACUACAUCAACCACCCCCUCUACACGCCCCCCACCUACGGAGCUCAGCAGGUCAAGCUGGCGCUGGCCAUCUUUGUGAUCUGUCAGCUGGGGAACUUCUCCAUCCACAUGGCUCUGCGGGACCUGAGGCCCGCGGGCUCCAAGACCAGGAAGAUCCCGUACCCCACCAAGAACCCGUUCACCUGGCUCUUCCUGCUGGUGUCCUGCCCCAACUACACCUACGAGGUGGGGUCCUGGAUCGGCUUUGCCAUCAUGACGCAGUGUCUCCCAGUGGCCCUCUUCUCCCUGGUGGGCUUCACCCAGAUGACCAUCUGGGCCAAGGGCAAGCACCGCAGCUACCUGAAGGAGUUCCACGACUACCCGCCCCUGCGCAUGCCCAUCAUCCCCUUCCUGCUCUGAGCGGAGCCCCGCCCCGCCCCGCGCCGUCUCUCUGCGCGGCUUAAGGGCUUCACCUACAGCUCUGGAAUAAAACCUGCUCAGCUGGA